UUGUUUUACCGCUGGCUUUGAGGCUAGCCGAGAGAAAAGAGAAGGUAAAUGGAACAGGCGGCUGUAAUGGAGAGCGAAAGGACUGGGAGCUUAAAUGUUCUGGAGACAUGGCGUGGCUGCAUGACACAAUAAAGGAAUCUCGCCACCAUAAAUGGACGAUUCCGAAAAACAAAGUCGAGGCCGUGGCAUCGAGCUUCCUGCCUGGAGAAUUUUCAUUUCGCUCUGCGUUUACCUCGUUUAACCCAAAGCAGAGAGAGAGAGAGAGCACGCACCGUUUGAUCCGAGCAGGAUCUGCAGAGAGGAGUCUGUGACCAACAACCUCGCCUGACAGCUUUAAAGGAAGCUCAGUAUGAGUCGAGAUGGGUGGAUGAAGAAGAAAGCUAAUACUGGUGAUGAUAAUGGUUGGGGUGAAAAGGUGAGUAUUACUCUCCUACAGCUGUCAGAGCUCCACUGUGAGUUAGACAGUUUGCAGGAUCUGCAGCACACAACGUUACAUGUUAUUUUGCAGGUUAGAAAAUAACGAUGGAUCGUGAUGCCCACAGAAAAGUCUCAGCUGUGUUUCUGUUAUUUCAUACAUUCCUUCUCCUGCAGGGCGGCUACAUGGCCGCCAAGGUCUCCAAGCUCGACGAGCAGUUUAAACGUGAUGCCCCUAGAGAGAAGCAGAAGGAAGGAACAUGCUCCAGCAUCUUCAGCGGUGUGUCCAUAUACGUCAACGGAUACACAGAUCCGAGCGCUGACGAGCUCCGCAAACUGAUGAUGCUACACGGGGGUCAGUUCCAUCUCUAUUACUCGCGCUCCAACACCACUCACAUCAUCGCCAGCAACUUACCCAACUCCAAGAUUCAGGAGCUCAAAGGGGAAAAGGUCAUCCGGCCCCAGUGGAUCACGGACAGUGUCGUGGCUGGGCGCCUCCUGCCUUAUUUCCAGUACCAGCUGUACACGAAACAGAAAAGCACACUCUUCCCCGGCGUUAUCCUGCACCGCAGCUCCACCGCCACCGGGUCCGGCCACCUUCCCCUUCAGACCAGCGCUCGCCAGAAGCUGCGUUCGCCACAGCGCAACACUGAGCUCUCUGUUCCCCACAGUGAAAGGUCCUUGUCCAGCUGCCAGAACAACUCCAUCCUUGUCUCCACCCGCAUUGAAGCUGACCCCUUGUCCACCCUGCACAGUGGCAGAGCUCGCUCGGUGAACCCCAGACCCAAUCAGCUCACCACAGAUCUACUCACACACAACCAGUGCAGCACAAAGCACUCGCAUCCUGCCCACCUGCAUGAAGAAGACCUUAAAAUAAAUGGGCGACUGCAGACCUCUGUGGAUAACACGAGCCAUUCCAAAAUAAAAAAGCUGCAGGAGUGUACAGAAGAUGACUUUUGUUCUUUUGGGGUGAAUGAAGCCCCCCUUACUAAUGGACAUGCUCAUCUUGUCAACGGUGCCUUAAAGUCAGGGGACCUGUCCUCUGGAACUGAUCCCAACUACAGGAUCGGGUCCAAAAGUAAAGUGCAGCGUUCAACGGAUAAACCUCAAAGUCCUCUGAAACAGAACAAGUGUGACCCGUAUGAGUUCCCCCCCAGCCCUCCAAAGCUUGACGCAUCACCUGAUGGCCAUAGAACUCCUCCGCCCGCUUGUCCUGAGUCUCCAAAAGCCAACAAAACCCAACUCCCACCCAAACGUCUCCUCUCAACUCGGGUCCAAACAGUUUCUGAGCAGUCUCAUCUGUCCCUUUCAUCCUGUUCUCUGUCGCAGUCUUCAGUUCGACCGAACGGCAGUCACCGCGAUGCCUUCUCAUCCGACCUCUCGUUCCUCGGCACGGCCUCCGUAACAGCCAAGCCCGACCCCCCCGCCGGCGAGUCUCCGUCCAAGGCCUCGGAGCAUCUGCUGGAGCAGACGGGCGGUCUGAUCUCGGAGUUCUACUCACACUCGCGUCUGCAUCAGAUCUCCACGUGGAGGAUCAGCUUCUCUGAGUACGUCAAUGAGCUGCACAGCAAAACGAAAGCGCCGGGAGUGGCUUCCUACCCUGGAAGAGACCGACUGAAGAAAUUCACAAGUCAGCGACCAACGGGCAGCCGCGGCACAUCAGCACCGAGGAGCAUCAAGUCAUGCAUCCUCCAUGUGGACAUGGACUGUUUUUUUGUGUCUGUCGGGAUCCGGCACAGACCGGAUCUUAAAGGGAAGCCCGUAGCUGUCACCAGCAACCGCGGACAGGGUAGAGUUCCCAUAAGGCCUGGAGCUAACCCGCAGGCGGAGCAGCAGUACUACCAGAGGAAACACACUCAUCCUCAGCCAGACGAGGAUCUACUGGGGACUCCCUCGCAAGGCUGGCCCAACUCCUGCGACAGCAGAGCGGAGACGGAUGCCGCGGCUCUCUCCAUGGCGGAGAUCGCUUCCUGUAGUUACGAAGCUAGGCAGGUGGGAGUGAGGAACGGGAUGUUUUUUGGCAAAGCGAAGCAGCUGUGCCCCUCGUUGCAGGCUGUUUCUUAUGACUUUGAGGCUUAUAGAGAGGUGGCUCUAAACAUGUAUGAGAUCCUAGCGAGUUACACUCGUGACAUAGAGGCUCUGAGCUGUGACGAGGCGUUGGUAGACGCUUCUGCUCUGCUCGCUGAGGUAGGAGUCGGCCCGGAGGAUUUGGCCAGAGCCAUCAGAGCAGACAUCGAGAAGAAAACAGGAUGCUGUGCUUCAGUGGGGAUGGGGUCUAACAUUCUUUUGGCUCGGCUGGCGACCCGUAAGGCCAAACCCAAUGGGCAGUACUUCCUUAAAUCUGAAGAAGUGGACGAUUUUAUCAGGGAUCUACCAGUUACCAGUUUACCAGGGGUUGGUCGUGCUAUGGCUAAAAAACUUGCCGGUAUGGAGGUGACGUCAUGUGGGGACCUCCAGCACGUUACUCUGUCUCAGCUGCAGAAAAGGUUUGGACCGCGUACCGGACAAACCCUGUUCCGGUUCUGCAGGGGCUUGGACGACCGGCCUGUUCGCUUUGAGAAGGAGAGAAAAUCGGUGUCGGCUGAGAUGAACUACAACAUUCGUUUCACCACGGUUGAUGAGACGGAAAGUUUCCUGACCAGUUUAUCCACGGAAGUGCAACGGCGUUUACAAGAAGCGGGGCUACGCGGUCGGAGAGUCACGCUUAAGGUCAUGGUUCGUAAAGCAGGAGCGCCGCUGGAGCCGGCUAAAUAUGGAGGCCACGGCAUUUGUGAUAAUCUGGCAAAGACUGUGAUGCUCGCUCAGUCCACCGACAGCGGUCAGCUGAUCGCCUCUGCCGUUAUCAAGCUGUUCCAUGCCAUGAAGCUGCAGGUUCAGGACUUGAGAGGAGUUGGGAUUCAGGUUCAGCUUCUUGAAGGAAAUCAGUCUGUUGCACGGGACUCCCGGGUUCCUCAGUCGCACUCCAUCAAAGACUUGCUGUUAGGGCCGGGUCCGAGUGCCAAACCUGGUAACAAAGACGCUCUCCAGGAUCAGCCUUCCCGUUCGUCCGCUCCCUCACGAGGCUCUCCACCAAAUCUUCGGGCAUCACCUGAGCCAGUUCCAGGAACAAGCAAAGACUUUCCAGGUUGCAGGCAAACACCAAAACAUUCUCACUCACAUCUCAACGUCAGUAUCGAAGUCCCGUCGCCGUCGCAGGUGGACCGUUCUGUCUUGGAGGCCCUUCCAGCAGAGCUGAGGGAGCAGGUGGAGCGGUCGUGGAGUAGGAGAGACGACAGACCAAAUAACUGCCAUCCAGCUGAUCUGCAGCCCUCCUCACCUAAUCCUCGUUCAACGUCCCCUCCUCAUCCUGCACUUUACUCUCCACCCGCUGGAACGUUGCUUCUGCAGAUUCCAAACCAGCCCGACAGUCCGGGAAUUGUACUGGAACUACCAAACUUCUCACAGGUUGAUCCUGAUGUUUUCGCUGCACUUCCCAAAGAGCUCCAGGAGGAGCUGAAGUCUGCUUACCACCGAGCUGCAAACCUCCCCCCCCAGGUGAAUGCAGCUGCAGUGGAGCAGAAGAAUCCACUGUUGCAGCUAAAGCAGCCAGGGCCAGGAACCGGCGUCGGUCCGGCCAAGCGGCGCUACAAGAGGAAGAAUGUAGUCAGUCCGGUCAAAAAAGGGACUUCGCCUGUAAAGAGGCAGCAGGGGACCCACAGUCCAACCAAAACCGCAUCCCGUCCUGUAAGAUCACAAGAACUAAUGAAUGUACCAAAGACUGAAAAUGAGCCCUCAACCUCAAAGCAGGACAUCCCAGCACCUGUGACUGAUCCGGUUCCUCGUCCUGUUCCUGCCCUGGCUGGAGCCUGUGAGCUGACAGAUAUUAAAACACUCCUGCGAGAAUGGGUCACCACAACAACAGAUCCAAAGGAGGAGGACAUUCUGCACGUGGUGAAGUACUGCACUGAUUUAGUUGAAGACAAAGAUCUGGAGAGGUUGGAUUUGGUGAUAAAAUGUAUGAAAAGGCUCAUGCAGCAGUCCGUGGAGUCCAUCUGGAGCACGGCGUUUGACUUCAUCCUGGACAUCGUGCAGGUUGUAGUGCAGCAAGCGUAUGGUAGCAUCCUGAAGAUAACGUAAAGACAACCUUCUGGGUGUGGUUGUUACACCACCUACUUUCCCCCCGUUUUGCAAACUCAUCCAUCCAACAAAGUGAGAUUUAAAUUUUUUAUUAAUUUGUUCUCAACUGUAGAUAAUGGCUUACAAUAAUCACAUGAUAAAUACAGGCAGUGAGAGAUAGAGCCAUUACAACAAAAUAAAACCAUGCAUUUUUGUACUUUUUUCAUUUGCAAGCAAUUCAAUGUACAGGGCAAUAAAGGUUCUCAGUGCUUUUUCACCAUAGCCCAACUUUAAGGAAGACUUAGUAUUUCUUUUCAUAUUUCUGUUUACUUUUAUACAGGCUUUCAUAUUCUUGGUGAUUUGCUAAUGGAGUUCACUCCUUUUUGAUGCACAUAUUAGUUGUAAAAUACAGUUGAUCUUGUUUAAAUUUGAAACAACUAUCAGUUAAAAAGUCUGUUUCUCUGGUAGCACUCCUCAGGCAUCAUGCAUCAAAACAACCUCAGAAAUAGUCAGACAAAAAGACAAUAUUCAUUCGUUCUUUUGGUGCUCUAGCACCUACCUGUGAAUUUUCUGCAGCUGCUGCAUACAGCUGCAUCUUUUUCCUCUUUCGAAAAAGUGCCAAACUUUGUUAUAAAGUGUAAAUAAUGUUUUUAAAAGGUCUUUGUGAAGCGUUUUAAAGAGAGCUGUACGUGGAGGAAUUCCCUCUUGUAUUGUUUACGAAUAGUGAAUUCUUAGUAACCGUCUCUAAAUUGUAACUUUUCUCACUUUAUUAAUGUUUCUAAGUGUUUAAACAUGGAAAUCAGAAGCUAGACAAAGUAUUUCAGAAGAGGGUUGGCUGUUGAUUCUAUGUUGCACUCUUAAUUUGAAAGGACAUUGACGUCAAUCUUGGCAAUCAAUCAGCCUAUGCAUUGUUUUUCACACUAACAAUUCUGAUAAUUACUCAAAAGAAUGUAAGAUUAUCAAACAUUUGUAUCAGGAGUAACUCCAGUGUUGCAUCAUGUCUUACUGGCUUCCUAACCUCAUAGAUAAUGCUGGAUUUGCAAAGGAACAGGUGAUCUGAUUUGUCACCCAGAGAUCCAUCUUGUGUAAUUCACGGUCUGCUGUCAUUUGCAUGGUGCGUGGCUAUUUUCAUGUACAUAUUCUGAAUUUAACUUUUACGUGAUCAGUGCUCGUCAGACACAGAUUUAUGAUGUCCAUGGGGGAUAAUAGUGGUUAAACAUUUUUAAAAUAGCAGUAAUCCGAUAUGCAAAUCUGAUCCGUCUGAAUGUAAUUUGGAAUCUGUGACUUAUCACUCUUUUUCAAGAUGUUGCUUCUCUUCACUUGUCAGCCACAAGUAAAAAAAUAAAAAUAAAAUAAAAAAAAAAGGCCAGGGUUAAAUUCUCUGAAUUGACUCGUGCCUGAAGACCUGAAGCUGUGAAAUUGUUUGUACGUUUUCUAAACAUUGAUAAUAAACUUUUUAAGAAUUGC